UAUAGGCUAUACAAGAGAAGCACGUCAGAUUAUUACAGACACUGACUCGGAUGGACACGCUGUGGAAAGUAGUCCCGGUUAGUUCAGACUGGAUAAAUUGUGACAGUGGCGGUGGAAGAACUCAGAAGUUGCUGCAAGCGUUCAUUUCGUGAGGAUAUUUCUAGCACACACAGCUCCAGCCAUGUCUCAGACGAAGACUAAGGAUAUCCAGGCGCAGCAGAUGCAUGCUGCAAUGGCAGACACCUUCCUGGAGCACCUGUGUCUGCUGGACAUUGACUCUGAGCCCACAGUGACCCGCAACACAGGCAUUGUCUGCACUAUCGGACCUGCUUCCUGCUCUGUGGAGACAUUGAAGGAGAUGAUCAAGUCCGGCAUGAACAUUGCACGUUUAAACUUCUCCCAUGGGUCUCACGAGUACCAUGCUGCAACCAUCAAGAAUGUCCGUGAAGCCACUGAGAGUUUUGGAGCUGGUAGCAUUGAGUACCGACCUGUGGCCAUUGCCCUGGAUACCAAAGGACCAGAGAUCAGGACUGGACUUAUUAAGGGCAGUGGCACUGAGGAGGUUAAGCUUGUCAAAGGUGAGAUGAUCAAACUAACUCUGGAUGACAAGUUCAAGGACAAUUGCGACGAGAAGACCCUGUGGCUGGACUACAAGAACAUCAUCAAGGUGGUGGAGCAGGGCAGCCAUGUUUUCAUUGACGAUGGUCUUAUUUCACUUAAGGUUAAGGAAAUUGGUUCUGAUUUCUUAAACUGCGAGGUUGAGAACGGAGGCAUGUUGGGCAGCAAGAAAGGCGUGAACCUGCCCGGUGCUCACGUCGACCUGCCCGCUGUAUCUGAGAAGGACAUUCAGGACCUUCAAUUUGGUGUGGGGCAGGGCGUGGACAUGGUGUUUGCCUCUUUCAUCCGCAAGGCUGCCGAUGUGCAGGCUGUGAGGAAGGUGCUCGGAGACAAAGGCAAGGACAUCAAAAUCAUCAGCAAACUGGAGAACCACGAGGGUGUGCGCAAGUUUGAUGAGAUCCUAGAGGCUAGUGAUGGUAUCAUGGUCGCCCGUGGAGAUCUGGGUAUUGAGAUUCCCACUGAGAAGGUUUUCUUGGCUCAGAAGAUGAUGAUUGGUCGUUGCAACAGGAUUGGCAAACCAAUCAUCUGCGCCACACAGAUGCUGGAGAGCAUGGUAAAGAAGCCCCGCCCCACCCGUGCUGAGAGCAGUGAUGUGGCCAAUGCUGUUCUUGAUGGAGCUGACUGUAUCAUGCUGAGUGGAGAGACCGCCAAGGGAGACUAUCCACUGGAGUCUGUGCGCAUGCAGCACCAGAUCGCCCGUGAAGCCGAGGCUGCUAUGUUCCACAGGCAAGUUUUCGAGGAUCUUCGCCGUACCUCUCAUCUGACCCGUGACCCCACUGAGUCUGUGGCCAUUGGUGCAGUGGAGGCCUCCUUCAAGUGCUUCGCCAGCGCCAUCAUUGUGCUUACCAAGACUGGCAGGUCCGCUCAGUUGCUGUCCAGGUACAGGCCACGUGCUCCUGUCAUUGCUGUGACCCGUAACGGCCAGACAGCCCGCCAGCUGCACCUGUAUCGGGGCAUCAUCCCCGUCUUUUACAACAAGCCCGCCAAUGAUGUAUGGGCUGAGGAUGUGGAUCUACGUGUCAGCUUCACCCUUGAGAUGGGCAAGGCCCGCAAGUACUUCAAGUCUGGCGAUGUUCUGAUCGUUGUCACAGGUUGGCGCCCAGGAUCUGGCUACACCAACACCAUGCGUAUUGUUGUGGUGCCUUAAGCACAACCCCAUGGACUGAAUUUCUAUCCCCAGCCCCCAUUUAUUACAACAUACAAAUCCUUUUGUUAGCGUUUCUUCCUCCAAUCAAGAUAUUUAAGUCACAAAAAUAGCCUUGUGGACAUUUUAAUUUUCCAUCAAACUCAUGUAGCGUCACACUGUGUCCUGCAGUCACAGAGCUCCUUUAACCAUUUCCAUCCCACUGGAGAAUUCAUUAUCACUGUACUGUAAGUACCUUACAGUCAUACAUUUUGUUACCUGAAGAAUAAUGGAAUUCCAUCGUUUUUUCCUGUAUGUUUGUUUUAUUUGUUUCUUUUUUGAAAACGAUUAAACAGAUAGUUUGAGAGUA